AUGUUUUCCUGCUGCCGGGCGCGCUAUGUAGUAAAGGUGCUCUCUGCGGCGUUGAUGGAGUCGCUGCCCCUCAACGCAGCAAACAAGGGUGCGUUGGCAUACCGCGCGACGCUCGUCUUCCACCUGCACCGAUCCAACGCCGCAGAGUCGUAUGGCAUUGCCUGCGCCUUUGGUGUGUUGGGUGACUUCAACGAUGUGUGCUUUGUGCGGUCCAUUACGCCUGCGCUUGUCGCUGGCUCAUCCGUGCUGUCGGGGGUGCUGCGUCGCGGAGGCAAGGCGGUGAGCGAGGAGGCCCUCCGCGUGCUGAGCGUCAACGGUGAAGUGAGCCCAACGGAGGAGCGGCUGAAGGAGCUGAUGGAAAGAGGGCGGGAUGUGGUGUUCCAGUGUGCGGUGGCAGCACCUGUGGAGGGCGGGGCAGAUGCGGCGGCUGACGCGGACCAGGCUGGUGGCAAGGGGGAGGAGAAGAAGGCGAAAAGUGAGGCGGAAAUCGUACGUACGCAGAAGCGGCGGCGGCGUACGCAUCGUCCUCCCAUACGGGCUGGGAUUCGCCGAGUGUUGAAGCACGCUCAAAACAAGGGCAGUCGUGCUACCAUGCCACACAACGAGGAUGAAGAGAUGGAGGCGGUGGUAGACGCAGUGGAGGGAACAGAGUUUGAGGAAGAGGCGGCGGCGGGUGCGGUGGGCGAUCUCGCCUCUGCCAAGGCUGCUCACGUGACGGAGGAGGUGAUGGAGGCACUGCAGUCCAUGCAGAGUGGAGCACCCCCGCCGCCCUCGAAGCCGAAGCGACACCGCCGCACCAAGGCGGAGAUGGCCGCCGCACGCCUUCAAAUGGCAGCCGUAAAGGAGACGGCUGCAGUGAAGCCUGAGGGCGUAGAGGUUGGCGACAGGCGAGAGGACGUCGAUGAGAUUUGGUUUCGACGUGAGCAGAGGGCGGACAGCGAAGCGGCGCAGGAGCCCCCGACUGCGCCACGGCGACGCGGCCGUCGGAGCGGCAAGAAAGCAGUUGCCGAGGCGGAAGCCGACAGUACGCAGACAGCUGCACCGAUGAAGAAGAAGAGACAGGGAAGGACGCCAAAGGCCGCCAAGAAGGCGACGAAACCUCGCCGGUCGCGAAAGGCAACGACGUCGACUGACGUCGGAGAGCCGGAGGAGGCGGAUGUGAAGGCAGCAGAGAUGCCGAACGCCGGAGAAGCGGUCGAGGAGGAGGAUGUCGACGCGGAAGAGAUGGAUUUCUAA